AUGUCACUUUCCGAUCGUAUGUGGGUUGAGGCAUUAACUUCACAGGCAAAAGCACAGUCUCUAUCAUCCAGAUCAAUCAAACUAUCUAGUCCUCGUCUAAGCAAUAUGACAGCAGUUGGCUGCAUUUUAGUGUAUGGAGCAGUCGUUCUUUUAGGCCUAGAUCAUGCAACUCUGCCGACCUCAAAAGUUUUUCCAGCUGUUUGCACGGCUCGUGUUUACCUCCUCUCGGCCGGCUUUUCCUUGGCAUUCGGCUCCAUGUUCACAAAGACAUACCGUGUGCAUAGAAUUUUUACGAGGGCACGUGGAGGCGUCUGCAGAGAUCGCCUGCUGCAGGAUAAACAACUCAUAUCCCUCAUAGGGGCUUUACUUCUUGUCGACGGUCUUGUUGUCACUUUAUGGGUCACCGUGGACCCCAUGGAAAGGCAUCUUAGGAAUCUGACACUGGAAAUAAGCGCGGAGGAUCGAAGUGUCGUGUAUCAGCCUCAGGUGGAGGUCUGUCGUUCCCUGCACACGCACAGUUGGCUCGGCGCCCUGUACGCUUACAAGGGCCUCCUCCUCCUCGUGGGCGUUUACAUGGCUUGGGAGACGCGGCACGUGAAAAUCCCGGCUCUGAACGACUCCCAAUACAUAGGAAUAUCAGUCUACAGUGUCGUAAUAACUAGCUGUAUAGUUGUAGUUCUAGCCAACCUCAUCUCCGAACGUGUCACUUUAGCUUUCGUCACAAUAUCAACACUGAUAUUGUUCUCAACGACGGCCACUUUAUGUUUACUUUUCGUACCAAAAUUAAACUCGAUCAUGAACCAAGAAGAACAAGCCGAUCCUGUGGUUCAUAGCAUGGGGUUGAAAAUUGAAUGCAAUACGAGGAGAUUUGUUACAGAUGAUAAGAGAGAAUUACAGUACAGAGUUGAGGUGCAAAACAGGGUUUACAGGAGGGAAAUGGCAGCGCUGGAUGCAGAAAUUAGUAAGUUGGAGAAAAUGUUGUCGGAAUCUUUACAUUCGAGUAGGUCUACGUCUACAGCCAGCAUUAAUGCGAAAUAA